AACAGUUGAGGGAGUUUCCGUGUGGUUUAAAUGUGAGUAUGUUCAGCGCUGCUACAACUGCAUAGAAAAUGGCUCCUGUAGAUUUAAUGAGGUUCUUUGCGCUCUGUUUUUGGUUCCUCCUGGUCGGUCAUGUGAACUGCAGAAUCACACAUAAAGGUGACCUGCUGCAUAACCAGUCAGGACAGGUCGAUGUGGACUUCCGCAGUGACCCCCCUGAACGUGAACCGUGGCCUUUUGGUUUAAGUAGACUGACAUUGGGUCACAGGAUGCCACGCCAGCAAAUUAGCGGCAUUAACAACGCUAAAAGUGAAUCCGAAACUGUUCAUCCUCGCACAUUUUCAAGGAAGGUCCCAAAAGGUCAACUAUUUCAAUCCAGCUUCAACCCACCUGGUCGGAAACAGGCCUCGUUUUCUAAUAACCAGUUUCCUAGAUUAGGUUCCUAUUCUGUAAUUGGUGCAGGUCAGUUUGCCCCACGUCGUUCUGAGAAGCAGAAAGCUCCGGUUGGUGUUUACUCACACGGCAGUGCAUCCCAGUCCAACACCAGACCCUAUGCUAGACUCGCCAAACCUGUCAGCAACAAGGUGAGCUCCAUAGUCAAAGGGCUAACUGUGGGCAACCAGAUGUCCGCUCAAACAGUUUUUAUCAGUGAUAGGAAGUCUAAAGGAAGGGGAUACUCCCAUGUCCGCCGUUUCAGGCCUUGGUCGGACAGAAAGCAACCGAACUCUGGCUCUAGAAAUGUGAAGUUCCAAAACCAGAAUAAGGGACGCUCUGAUUCAUCAAGAGUAAGCAGGACAAAUAUCUAUUAUCAAUCCGUAGACAACCAGUUUAUCAGACGGCUUUCUCUACCCAAACAAGUCGCAGUCCAAGGCAAGUUCCAACCUUUCCAAAGACUUUCUCAUCCCCCAACUGUGAUCCAUCCAUCCAGCGAAAAAACUCUUCAUCAAAAUGUACAGCUUACCACUUCACUUCCUGUUCCUGUUAACGCUACUGUUGGUGGAACAGUUGUCCCUUUUACCACUGUAGCGAUGAAGACUACACCGUAUUCGACGCACACAGAGACUCCUCUACCUCAAUCAACAGAAGCUCCUUCAGAACUUCAAACAAAUUCUCUACAAACAAAACAAAACAAAGCUGUUGGUACGACUACUUUUGAUCAGACACGGAUUGAACACACAGAUGUUACUGAUAAGUAAACACGAGCCAUGGCAGAGGUAUGUUUGGUACUGAGUUAUUGCAACAACUGGCAAUGCUUGUGAAUUUGGUCGUUUAUGUGAACCUAGUCCUAACGUAUUUGCUGGUUUUUACAUGCACGGUGUUGGGUACCACUGAUCUGAACCAGCUUUCUGUGAUUAAACCGCUUUUGAGUGUCCUUAAGUCACUGUAAUGUGUGCAGGACCCAAUGGUGCAUAAGCUCUCGUCUCCUGCCUUUUUUUAAAAUAAAACAUUGCAUUUACUAUAUGGGACUUUGGAACUUAAAAAAAACCCCGAAAAACUGCUGAUUGAGCGGCAACCAAGUCACAGAAAGUCAACUGGAAUGGACUCCAGCUCACCUGCGACCCAUCGAGGAAAAUGGAAGGAUUGUUUCAAGCUGAGACAAGUUUUCCUAAUCCUUGCUUGGUUUUAAUUGUGUUUAAUUUCACAUUUUUCACCUUUUUGGAUAUAUUUUGUUUUUUUCCAGUAAGUCAUAGUUUAAAUAAACAAGAAUGUAAUGAUG